AUGAGUGGGAGUAUCAGCCCCUGGGUCGUGCAGCCUUCUUCCCAUCCUUUUUCUCCCAUCCUUUCUCUCCCUACAGUUCCCACUGCCACCAUCCCUAUCCUGAGGAAGGCCCUCUGGAGGCGUCUGCAGGCCAGGCUGCUGGAUGCCAGUGGGCCCCCUGAGAGCCCUGAGCCUUCCGAACUGCACUGGAAGGUGCUGGCCCAGCUGGUUCCCUUCACCCGGCCCAAGGACCUUGCAGGCCUCAUGAACAGUCUGCCCGACGUGCUUCAGGCUCCUGGCAACUUCAGGAGCUGGGUUGUGGCAGACGCUGUGGCAGACGCCCUGGCCGAGUCAGCAGAAGAGCUGCGGGCCUGGAAGCAGACGAUGCUGACCGCCUGUGUCCAAUGGCUGGUGGCCUCCUUCAGUGCAGGCCCAUCCAAGCAGGACCAGGAUCCAGACAGUGAACAGGAUGGAGCACGGAACCUCGAGGCGCUGAUGCUCCAAAGGUUCACGGAGCUGCUGGACACACAGCCCGAGAUGGAACUGGGGGACUGGCAGGCGUUCGUGAAGAUGGGGCUUAAGUCCCGCUAUCAGGAAGGCGCCUUCCUGCAGACCCUGCAUAAGGCCCUGCCACGGCUGUACUCUCUAGCCCCGCCUGCCUGCUCCGCACUGCUCCCGCUAGUUCAGCUACACGCGAUGGUCACGCAGCACUCGUUGUUCCUGCCCACCCUGCUGGCGGCUGCGGAUGGUGGUGGCCCAGAUGCAGGAGUCAAGGAAGCACUGGUGGACCUGAUGCGGGCGCUGGUACUGCUAUGCCCGAACGUCUGUGACAGAAGCCACUUCGCUGUGCUCCUGGGGGCCUACGGUGCCUCGCUCAGUACCCUGGACCAGAAGAUCCUCCUCCUCCUCCGCGCCUACGAGCAGAACCAGCACAGCCUCGUCAGCUUCCGGGUGCUCCUGUGGGGCCCGGCAGCUGUGGAGCAUCACAAGACAUGCCGGAGCCUGGGCAAGUCGCUGUGGCAGGAGCCGAGUGUCGGGGAUGUCCUACGGCUGCUGGACCGUGAUCGGGUCAUGGCCACCAUCCUGCACUUCCCUCAGGGCCGGCGGCUACUACCACCCGAGGACACCCAAGACCCUGUCUUCCAAGACCAGAGUGUCGAGGGGCUUGACGGCCUCUACGACCCCUGCUUUCUCCUCCACCUCUUCAGUGAGCUCACACGGCCAGAGUUAGUGGUGGAUUGCCGCAAGUUCCUUGACUCCAACGCAUUGGGCCUCACAGUGGCAGCCCUGAGCAGCUAUGACCCGCACAUGCGCUCUGCCGCCUACUCCGUGCUGGCCGCCUACUACUCCCACGUGGAGGGAGCACGGUUCCGGGAGCAGGCUCAGCUUCUUUACCUGCUUGAUGUGGUUCGGGCAGGGAUCCGGACUCCAAACAUGAGGCUCACCUUCACGCUUGCACUGUUCAUUGCCAAAGCUGCCGUGCAGAUUCUGAAGCCAGAGGAGCACAUGUACCUGAAGCUCAGCAAGUUCCUGCUAUCCCAUCAGCACCUGAACAUGAGCAAGGUCCCCGGCUUCUAUCAGUUCUUCUUCAGCUCUGACUUUGAGCAAAGAGCCGAGCGGACGUGGACGCUGGAGCUGUUGCGUCAGGGCCUGCGGGACCAACGCUGCUUCAAUCUCUACGCCCGGCGCGGGGUCCUACGCGUGCUUCUGGCCUUCUUUGAUAGCCCCCUGUGUGAGCCCAGUGCUCAGAUUUGGAUCCUAGAGAUUCUGCAGAAAGCCGCCCGGACACCCAAGGCAGCCUAUGAGGUGCUUCGAGACUACAGCCUCCUGACCUGGAUUUUCCACAUCCUGGAGGCCCAGUUCCUGGAGACCCCGCUGCUGGCCAGUGUCAUCUCCCUGCUGCAGACACUGUGGGAGACCAACCUGGGUGAUAGAGACAAGAUCACAGGGGGCCCCCAGGUAUCCAUGAAGCACCUUCCCCUGCAGCUGGUCAGUGAGUUUCUGUACGUGCUCACGGCGCUCACCAGGCACCUGCGGCCUGCCCUAGCCCCUGCCCAGUUGGCCGGCUUCCUGGGUACCCUGGAGUCUGUGCUGUGGUACCGGGCCACGGUGUUGCAGACCUUCCGUGCGCUGGGCCGCUUCACAGUGAACGAAGCGGCGCUGUCUGCAGGGGACGCGCUGCUUCUCCUGCACCGCUGGGCCCUGCUGUGCCGGGAUACACUGCUGCAGGAGGCGCUGAGGGCAGCCGCCGAGAGACUGGUUCCGGGCCGACUGCUGAAAACAUUCAGGGAUGCUGCCCCAGCCCGCGCCCGGGGUCCACGCGGUCCACGUGGCCGGAGACAGAAGCCAGGGGAAGUGGACCCAGCACCUGAGCCCGACCUGCUGACAGCCAGCGUGAGUGCCUGCCAGGGCCACCUGCGUGCCAUCCUGACGCACUGGGCACCUAUGUACCCCGGGCCUGAGGCCAGAGAAGCAGCUGCCCUGGAAAGCCAGGCAGCAGUGCCCGAGUGCACGGCUGCCUCACUGGUGGCCUGUUGGGCAUUGCGAUCUGUGGCCGAGUGUCCACCGGAUGCAGCCAAGACUUUGGGGCUCCUGGACUGGUUAGAAAAGCACAUCGUGUCGCAGCCCACGGUGGUGGCUCAAGUGCUCUCGGACAGCGCCGCAGGGAACGGUCUCUUUGGGCUGUACACACGACUGUGUGGGGCGGAAGCGCUGGCAGGACCAGAACCGCCACGCGUGGCUUGUGCAUUCAACACCAUCAUGCUACAGCUGUUGGUUGCCCGAGGCCUGUCCAAGAGCCCCUUCCAUGCGGCCAUUGAGGAUCUCUGCCAGACCUCCCUGGACAAGGGGGAGGACGCAACCAAACGAGCCUCUGCCGCCUUCCUGGUGUCUCUGUACGUCAAGGACAUGUGGCUGGGCGCCCGGCGGCCCGACACACUCCUGACCCACAUCCAGAUGGUGCAAGAAGCUGCAGGGGACAUACAGGUGGCGGAGGACAGUGACAUGGCCAUCGUGGAGCUCUGUAGGAUCCUCCAGGCCUUGGCCCCGGACCCCUGACACUGCAGCGCCUGCCCCGAGUCAGGUUCUCUUGAACUUUCCCUGCAAAUUGACAGACUCAGUGGGGACAUGCUGAAAAGCUGAUUUGAGUCACUUGACCAGUAGGGGGUGGGGUGGAGGGCCUCUGUGCUGAGGGCUCCCCACAGGUCUGCAGCCUACCUCACGUGACAGGCAGGCAAGACCCUGCUCCCAAGGGUGUCCUGUCUGCAAACAAGACGCCAUGCAUGGGCAUCAAGAAC